ACGAUCCUAGGAGAAACUCAUGAAGAGGAGGAUGAGAUCCUUCCACGCAAAGACUAUGAGAGCUUGGAUUAUGAUCGCUGUAUCAAUGACCCGUACUUGGAAAUUCUGGAAAGCAUGGACAACAAGAAAGCCCAGAGAUACGAAGCAGUGAAGUGGGUGCUGGUGUUUGCUAUUGGAGUCUGUACAGGACUGGUGGGCCUCUUUGUAGAUUUCUUCGUGAGACUCUUUACCCAGCUCAAGUUUCAGGUGGUACAAAGCUCGGUGGAGGAGUGCACUGAGAAAGGCUGCCUUGCCCUGUCCCUGUUGGAGCUGCUGGGGUUCAACCUGACCUUUGUUUUCCUUGCCAGUCUUCUGGUCCUGAUCCAACCUGUAGCAGCUGGGUCAGGAAUUCCUGAAAUUAAGUGCUACCUCAAUGGAGUGAAGGUUCCCGGGGUUGUGCGCCUGCGGACCGUGGUGUGCAAAGCUGCAGGAGUGCUCUUCAGCGUGGCAGGAGGUCUUUUUGUCGGGAAGGAGGGGCCCAUGAUUCACAGUGGUGCUGUUGUGGGUGCAGGCUUGCCACAGUUCCAGAGCAUCUCUUUGAGGAAGAUCCAAUUUAACUUUCCCUAUUUCUGCAGUGACAGGGAUAAAAGGGAUUUUGUAUCCGCUGGAGCAGCUGCAGGGGUUGCAGCUGCCUUUGGAGCACCAAUUGGAGGCACUCUUUUUAGUUUGGAAGAAGGUUCCUCCUUCUGGAACCAGGGACUUACAUGGAAAGUGCUUUUCUGUUCCAUGGCUGCCACUUUCACCUUGAAUUUUUUCCGCUCUGGGAUUCAGUUUGGAAGCUGGGGGUCUUUCCAGCUCCCUGGGCUGCUGAACUUCGGGGAGUUUAAGUGCUCUGAGUCUGAUAAGAAAUGCCACCUCUGGACAGCUGUGGACCUGGGCUUCUUCAUUCUGAUGGGGAUUGUAGGAGGCCUUCUUGGAGCCACCUUUAACUGCCUGAACAAGAGGCUUGCCAAGUACCGCAUGCGCAAUGUGCACCCCAAGCCAAAGCUGGUCAGAGUCUUGGAGAGCUUGCUUGUGUCAUUGACCACCACUGUCAUGGUCUUUGUGGCCUCCAUGGUUCUGGGGGAAUGCCGGCAGAUAUCUUCCAGCAGGCACGGUGGCAAUGACACCCUGAGCCUGCAGGAUGUAUCAGAGGAUGUCAAUUCAAGCAUCAAAACUUUUUUUUGCCCAAAUGAAACCUACAAUGACAUGGCCACGCUCUUCUUCAACCCUCAGGAGUCAGCUAUCCUGCAGCUCUUCCACCAGGAUGGUACUUUCAGCCCAGUCACCCUAUCCCUGUUCUUCCUUCUCUAUUUCUUACUCUCCUGCUGGACAUAUGGGAUCUCUGUGCCCAGUGGUCUGUUUGUGCCAUCACUGCUUUGUGGGGCUGCCUUCGGACGCCUGGUCGCCAACCUCCUCAAAAGUUACAUUGGUCUGGAUCACAUCUACUCAGGAACCUUUGCACUGAUUGGGGCAGCAGCAUUCCUGGGAGGAGUGGUGCGCAUGACCAUCAGCCUGACUGUCAUCCUCAUUGAGUCCACCAAUGAGAUCACCUAUGGGCUCCCCAUAAUGAUCACCCUCAUGGUAGCCAAGUGGACAGGAGACUUUUUCAACAAAGGCAUCUAUGACAUCCAUGUGAACUUGAGAGGAGUGCCUCUUCUGGAGUGGGAAACCGGGAUGGAAAUGGAUAAGCUACAAGCCAGUGACAUCAUGGAGCCCAACCUGACGUACGUGUACCCCCACACCCGGAUCCAGUCCCUUGUCAGCAUCCUGCGCACCACUGUCCACCACGCCUUCCCUGUGGUGACAGAGAACAGGGGCAACGAGAGGGAGUUCAUGAAGGGAAAUCAGCUGAUCAGUAACAACAUCAAAUUCAAGAAAUCCAGCAUCCUGACCCGGGCUGGAGAGCAGCGCAAGCGGAGCCAGUCCAUGAAGUCGUACCCUUCGAGUGAGCUGCGUAACAUGUGCGACGAGCACAUAGCAACAGAGGAGCCUCCUGAAAAAGAGGAUCUGCUGCAACAGAUGCUGGAGAGAAGAUACACUCCUUACCCCAAUCUGUACCCUGACCAGUCUCCCAGUGAGGAGUGGACCAUGGAGGAACGCUUCAGACCCCUGACCUUCCAUGGCUUGAUCCUGCGCUCACAGCUGGUCACCCUCCUUGACAGGGGGGUUUGCUACUCUGAGAGCCAGUCGAGUGCAAGUCAGCCUCGUCUGUCCCACGCAGAGAUGUUGGAGGAUUAUCCCCACUACCCAGAUAUCCAUGAUCUGGACCUCACAUUGCUGAACCCUCGUAUGAUAGUGGAUGUCACCCCAUACAUGAACCCAUCACCCUUUACUGUCUCUCCAAAUACUCAUGUGUCACAAGUCUUCAACCUGUUCAGGACAAUGGGACUCAGGCAUUUACCAGUUGUGAAUGCAGUUGGAGAGGUUGUUGGGAUAAUCACUCGGCACAACCUGACGCACGAAUUCCUGCAGGCCAGGCUGAGGCAGCACUAUCAGACCAUUUGAUGCCCCUGCCCCUCUGUCAGUGUGGUUCCUCCCUCUCCAAGCUGGCUCACAUGCUCGCAUCCUGCUUGGACCACACAAGGCCCAAGACCUCCCGUUUGGCUUCUCACGUGCAUAUCAAGCCUGGGGAACUGGAAAACAUUUUGCUAGCCAGAGAAUUCGAGGAGCUGCCUGAGCCCAGAGCUGUUGAUUGGCCUCAGGCACUUGGUGUGACAACUCUUGAUCCAGGUGUUUUCUUCCCCUGUCCCCCAGUUAUCUCCUUCUGUCAGAUGUCCUGACACCACUGUGUGUUCUGCCAUUUUGUUUUGGGGUUUUCUGAAGAGUUGGAAAAAAGAACCAUUUCCCUCCCCUGUGUCCUGGGCAAAGAACUGCAAUGUCUUUCCCUUCCUCCUGUCUGACUCCCUUUUCUUCUUCCUCCCUUGUUCCUGCAACUGUUGCCUUAUUUGUGUGAGAAGGGAGUUGCUGUCACCACUGAGCGGAGAUACUGAAGGUUGCAGAUAUCAGAUAGCUGCUCUCCAGGAUGGUUCCUUGCAAAAGCAGUUUUAAAAAAUCCAGCGUUUUGGAAAUGCACCUGUCUUUGCAAGUGUUCCCCUUUGCCCAUAUUUUUUUCACUCUGGCUUCAUUUGUUCUUAAUUUCUCUCCUUUUUUCAUAGGGAAAUGUUUCUGCUGUGAUGUUUUUGACAGCAGAUGACUUGAGAACAGCUCAGCAGAUUUGAAGUUCAAAAUGGUUACACUAGGUUUAUAAAUAUUUAAUACAUUUGUGAACAUCUCAGAGAAAGGAGAUCUCUUCCCUGUUAGCUGUUGCUAUUAUCUCCCUGUAAGAGACUCUUCUAAGAUGCUUGGUGGCACUCCACUUUGACAUUUCUUGGGGUUUGUAGGCACUUUGUCCCUGCACUGCUCAAACAGUGAGAGCCUGGGGCACCUUUCCAGCUGGAGUCAGAGACCAGGGAACUGCACAUCCUGAGAGCAUUUCUCUCCAUCUCCACAUGGAGAAAUGUUGCUUUGUGGAAGCAAAUAGAGCUGAUGGUCCCUGGGCUUGCUUGAAUCAUCUCUGUGUCAUGAGAGGAGUCGCUGUAGUUCCAGGCUGCCAUAAGGAGGGAUGGUGGUGACUAAGGCAGGUGAUAAGUGGGGCUGUCUGUGCUCUGAAAAUGCUUGGGAUCAUAUUUGCAGCAAUCUGUAAGGGUAAAAUCAGCCCUCAGGAGCCAGUUGCAGCCAGUUGAGUGCUUUAGCAGGUACCAUCCUGGCCAGCACCUGUAUUGUUCCAGCAGGCACCUGCCCUGCUGGGUUCUGUGUGCAGAUAACCCUCAGUGGGAAGCCAGUGCUGUGCCUCAGGGACUGCAGGGCUGAUUGGCUUGAUAAAGCACAGAGCAUUCUCUCAGCCAAGAGACAUGGGGAAUGUAUUCCAGAAAAGCUUCUACACAGCCUCUGAGCUCUGCAGUUAACCCUUUGCCUGCCAUAAGGAGCUGCCUGGGUGGCAAUUGGGACAGAAGGCAGACUUUGUUGAUUUUCUGUAUUUCAUUAGAGCAUAGGAGUUGGCAUCAGGUGCUACCCUUGAUUUGUGAGUUCUUUCCCUGUAAGUAGAGUGAGGAUGUUUGUUCUGUCUGGAUAGGAUCUGCAGGUGUUGUCUGAAAUGCCUGUGUUCCCUGAGCCCUGCUCCUGCACUGAGCUGUCCCUGCAAACUUCCAGCACCCAUUUGCACUCCCUGAAGCUGGGCUGUAGGUUUGAAAUAUGCUUUUGUUAGGCUACCUGGUUUCAUUCAAAGGAUCUGGGUAAUUAGGAAUCACAGGAAUCCUGGUUUUGUGGGAUUUCAGAUCACAUAGGUGGGAUUGGCAAUCCUGUACUGUUAGAACACCUGUCAAGAAUGUCCUGUGUCUCUCCAUGACAAAUGUUGAGUGAGUGUGUGUGGAAGGGAAGGUUCCUUCUCUUCCUGCACAUGAAGGCUCCUUGGGUUGUUUGCCUUGAGCUGGUCCUGUUUUAUUUCUGUACACAAAUGGCAAGGUGUUUUUCUGCAGGAUGAAUUUGUCAUUGCUGCUGAGACAAGAGUUGGGCAAUCCAGACAAACCAGGCUGGAGAAUCUUAUCAAGGUUUUUCUGGGCACCAGAUGCUUCCCCAUGACAAGGCAUUUUCCUUCCAUCUGUUGGCAGCACUGUCUGCUCUGCCUGGGCAUCUUAUUCAAAUGUUUCAGCUGAAAAACACCCUUUCCUUCUUUCAGUAAAGACAUUUUCAGUGAGGGUGGUGGGUGACCCUGUCAGCUGCUUUAAAGGGAAAUCUCAGUGUGCAAUUACUGUUCUGUAGCCUGCAGAAAAGGAAUGACAAGUUCACCUGACAUUUGGAGAUGCAGUAUUUCCCUUCUGAUGAGGACUGAUGCCAAGGGGUUUGUGUUGAAUCAUCUUCUCACACUUCAGUUACUUCAAUCCUUUCUUACAACACACUCACUGCUUCUACCCUGGCUGUAGUUGCUAAGUGAUUUACUGAGGAACUUAUUCUAACAUAGGUGCCAGGAACAUUUUAACAGAGCAACACUAAGGGAAAAAUAACCCAGAACUGGGUGAGUUCUGAUGGCAAGGUUAGGGGCUUAGUUCCUCCUUGCCUUGUGGCUUCCUGUGCAGUGUUAAUUAUGCAGUUUUGAAUUAUUAAUUACUGUGAACCAUUCCAAUGGUAUCAACUUACCUUUCCAUUUGGUUUUUUUUUGCACUGUUUUUUUUGUUAUGAAAUGAUGUAAGCUAAUUCCAUGGUGUGUGUAUAUAAAUUGUAUUUUUUUUAUAAUUUGUAUGAAUAUAUUUUUAUUUGAACAAUGGCACUUGGGAAGUAUUCAUGUAGCUGUAACAUGUCUGAGAGUAAAAUGUUUGUGUGUUUCCUUCAGCACUUUCAAGGCCUUUUGAUGUUUCUAGUAUUGUUUUAUUUUUGCCCUUUAUGAUAAUAAAACCAGUAGAACAUGGCAACAUCCAAGA